AAGAAUGCAAUCUUCAAGUUAUUAUGUUUAAUAAUGAUAAUGGAGUAAAACCUCUAGGCUUUAUUACUUCAUUUUUUGAAAAACUUAAAAAAAAUAAAGAAAUAUUUGUAGAUGCAACUUAUAAGAUGAAUGUAUUAGGAUAUAAGCUUUACUCUAUAAUUGGUCAGUAUAAUGGUGCAGGUUUUGCAAUGGCAUACUUAUUUGUUGAAGGGAAUAAGCAAGAUAGUGCACGAACAGAAAUUUUAGCUAAAUUUUUUAAA